AUGAAUCAACUUGGGGGACCAGUACCACUCAGAAAGAUACCUGCAACAAGUGGUACCCCAACCGUGUUAAGCAAAUUGCGGCGUCUUGUAACGGGUGUAAAUCCACGAACACAAAGAGAAAUAAACAACAACAACCUAAAAUAUUUGCCCGAAGCGCUGUCCAGUCUUCAUCGUCUAAGAGAGUUAACGUUUGUCAACAACCGGAUCUCCUACGUCCCUGACAAGGCCUUCAAGAACAAUCGACAAUUGACUCUGCUUGAGAUGGGAAGAAACCCGAUCGAGGACGUGGGAAGAUUUGCUUUUUCUAAUCUUCCGAACCUGAAAGAAUUGGUUCUCAGGGAAGUUCACCACCUAGCGGAAUUUCCUGACCUGAACGGUACAACCGCUUUGGAACAUAUUCUGUUAAACAGGGGUCUCUUACAGAAAGUACCAUCCUGGUUUUGCAGUCAGACACCGCACCUGAAGAGUCUCAACCUGAAAUCCAAUCGACUCUCGAAACUUCCAGAACUUGGAAACUGUGCGGAACUUCGUCUUAUAGAUCUCAGCUAUAACCACAUCUCAUCCUUAGAGGAAACCCCAUUCAGAAACCAAAUAAAACUAAUUGAUCUAUUUCUGGGAAACAACCUCAUUGAGUGCAUACCCGAAGAUUCUUUUGUGGGAUUACAGAGUCUUCAAGUGAUGGACUUGAAGAACAACCGGAUUACGUACAUUCACGUCAAUGCUUUUGCGCAUGUGUCAAAGUUAAGAGAUCUGAAUCUUGGAAACAACCAGUUUUCUACUCUACCAACCGAUGGUUUACAAAAUUUACAGCAGCUCAAGACUUUCAACAAUCCUAACCUUAAGGACUUUCCACCACCGGAAUCAUUUCCGCGGGCCCACAAAUUAGUCCUGUCGUAUGCUUACCACUGCUGUGCAUUCCUUCCUAAGGCUCACAAACCCUCUACUCUACAAGAAACUAUCGUAUGGCUAUCGAAAGAUGACGUCGACAUGAGUAUCUGGAACAAUAACAUGACUGAUGUUUGGCCUGGCUACGGCAACUUCUCUUCUACAUUCACGGAGUUUAUGGACCAGUUGUGGAAGUCAAGAGGUCGAGAUUACAGCGCUCCUGAAAACUCGGCUCAGUACACUGAGGAUUACUUUGAAGAUUACAAGUCUGCUUACAACAGCGAAGAAUCUCUUCUUUCUCAGUACCCAGUACAGUGUAUACCACGGCCCGACCCCUUUAUGCCGUGCGAGGAUUUAUUUGGUUGGUGGACGUUACGAUGUGGAGUGUGGAUCGUAUUUCUACUCGCCAUGUUAGGUAAUGGCGUCGUUGUUUUCGUUCUUCUCUUUGGUCGUAGCAAAAUGGACGUCCCCAGGUUUCUAGUAUGCAACUUGGCGGUUGCAGACUUCUUCAUGGGUAUUUAUUUAGGGCUUCUAGCAGUUGUAGACGCUUCAACUCUUGGAGAAUUUAGGGUAUUCGCUAUCGCCUGGCAGACAUCGACAGGCUGCCAAGUAGCUGGAUUCCUGGGGGUUCUGAGCAGCGAGUUAUCAGUGUACACCUUAUCCGUCAUAACUCUGGAACGGAAUUACGCAAUCACUCACGCCAUGCAUCUCAACAAACGACUGUCUCUCAGACAUGCUGGUUACAUCAUGAUCUGCGGGUGGGUGUUCGCUCUGAUCAUGGCUUCAAUGCCUUUGUUUGGGGUCAGUGACUAUAGGAAGUUCGCCAUUUGUCUACCGUUUGAGACCGAUCCAGCAGUGUCUCUAGGUUAUGUUGUGUUUCUGAUUCUUGUUAACGGCGUUGCGUUUCUCAUCCUGAUGGGAUGCUACCUGAAGAUGUACUGUGCCAUCAGAGGAUCCCAUGCCUGGAAUUCCAAUGACUCGCGCAUUGCCAAGAGAAUGGCUCUACUCGUCUUUACAGACUUCGUCUGUUGGGCACCAAUCGCAUUUUUCUCCCUUUCUGCUGUGUCGGGUCUGAAUCUGAUAUCUUUGGAGGAAGCCAAAGUCUUCACCAUAUUUGUUCUGCCAUUCAACAGCUGUGCCAAUCCGUUUCUGUAUGCCAUCUUCACUAAACAGUUUAAGAAGGAUUGUGUAUUGAUCUGCAAGAGAAUAGAGGAAUCUCGGGUAACGCGUGGAAUUGGCCGAUGUCGUCACAGCUCCAACUUUUCAAACAGACAUACACCAGCCAACACAAACUCUGCAGUUGAAAGGAAGAGCGGCGGAAAUGAUCUUCCACCUUGCCAUUGCGGUGUUCAUAUGGUUACUGACGGAGGUAGAAGAAGACGGUGGAAGCGAGUGGUUAUGAGGUAUUUAAUGUGCCAAAACCAGACGGGGGAAUCCGAAAGUAAUGACUAUACAUACGCUAUCGCACAGAUUCAGAAAAACAUGGGGCGUGGAACGAAACGGGCAACAAGCAUCUCCAGUGAGAACUUCUCCUCCCGAUCAGACAGUUGGAGACAAGGCAACAUCCCCCCGCGGGGUGGACGCCCCAAUCUCAAGCGAAAGUUUUCCCAAGAUUCUAACAUGUCUUCCAGUAGACAAGAUUCUUCUACAUCUACCAUCCGAAUUUCCCGAUCCAGUGUUAGUAGUGACUCUUCAAAUCAUCGGCCAGGGCUACUCAAUUUUCGUGAACGUCGUGGUCUCACAGACAGUGGUCAGCUUGUACGACCUUUAGGGAGCGUCCGAGAAAAAAUACCUACCAGUUACGAACCUUCCUCUUGUAUAGCUCGUGAUAAACCGCGUCUCUGCCGUCAGGCAGCGGUGGAUGAUACUUGUCAUCAGCAACAGAUAGUCAGAAAAUCGGACAUUAGACACGCGCAGAAUUCACAACAAGAUAUGUUAUGCCAUAGCUCUUUAAGGAAAGAUCGAAGUUCACCUUUGUCUUUCAAGAGUAAAGAACUCGAAGUUAAAUUUAAAUGUUUCUAUAACAGGUUAGCUGAAACGAGUCAUGAAGACAGCAGCGACAUUUCUACUUAUAAAGAUGACCAUAUUCUUGCUCGUAGUGACCAAUCCGCAGGAGAUCAAAAGAUUGAUUCAUCAAACACUAACGAUACAUCCUUUUCUGAUCCGUCCACUCAAGAGGGUCAAAAGAAAGAUGCCUUCUUUCAUCCGCGAAUUGCCAUUAAAGAGGAUCCGGGACAUGACAGUUGCCAAGACAACGAGAGAGAUGUUUACAAAUGGCUACAGCAAAAUGCCAAAGAAAACUUGCAAGAAACUGAAGAGAUGUUUCUUGGAAACGUCGUUAAUAUCUACGAUUCUUCCCUUCUCAAUGUUAGUGCUGAUAAUGUCUCCAACAAUGAAUCUAACAUCACGUCUAGCGUUGGUUUGGUCAGUAGGUUGACUCCAAGCCGUAAAGUGGCAUCUGAUAACUCUCUGAAAAAGCUGUCGCUGAAAAGCUUGCCAGUACCGUUAGGGUCUUUUUCUAGUCAAAGUUCCCGAAAAAACCUAAAAUUAAAAUCGGGAAGUCAGUGCCAAUUGAAAACAAGUCCUACGAGGACAUUGAGAUGUUCUAAAAGCGAAACUAUUAUACACCAACACUGUCUUGAUGAUUUUUCAGAAUGGAGGCUCUUAAAUCCUCGCAUGGAAGCUCGAGGAUACGAUCCUGAGUCUAGUAUGGACGAGGAUACAUACUACCUGUCGUUUCGUACACCAAAUACCGUAACUGGCUCUGGGGUAGAAGCGCAACAAUGGGAAAAAAACUAAUUCGAGAAACACAACAGUUAACAUAGAACGUCGCCAAUCAAGACUAGAAUAACGAAUAAUGUAAAUAAUACUGUGAUGAAUAGAAGCACUUUAAGAUACAUAAAGUGUUACUUCUUUCUCUAGCCCCCCCCAAUGGCACAGCGGUAUGUCUGCGGACUUACAACACUAGA